UAGAGUGAGAGAGGAAAUGGAUACAUUUACAUGAACACCCAGUCAGUGCUCAGAAAAAUACUAUUUGAUGGAUACAAUAACAAGACCGCCCAAACAACCCCAUUACCACUGUUUAAAACACAAAUCUGAGCGUUUCGGGAUGUAAAUAAAAACGAAAAAACAUGUCGGUACCAAACUACUUGUUCCGUGUUUUUAGAGGGAAGUACGUGGCUGCGGACAUUCGGGGGAAUGAAGUUGCGGUUGCACAUUUGUUGGAGGUGGUCCUCAGCUCUCAGCAUCUCCAUCCUCCCAGAAAACCUUCAUCUGUUUCGGCUCCUUUUGAUUCUCUCUCUCCGUUCCUCCGGCUCGUCGCAUCGGACGUGUGGAGCCCUCAUGGGCAGUGUUCUGGCCUUGGCUGGUGCGGGCCGUCAGAACUGGCCUUUCUCCUCGGACACACCCCCUCCCCAGUGGGACACACCCCUUCCUCACUGGGAUACGCCCCCUCGCUGGGAGAGGAGGGACGGACGUCUUCCCAACCCCGGGAGCUUCCACGCCCUGCAUCGCUCGUGCAAGGAUGUGUUCCCACAGCAGAUUGAGGGAGUAAAGAUGAUUGUCAACAAAACCCUCAGCAGCUUCUUCAAAGCCAGCCAUACCUUCCACCUCAGUUCAGUGUGUCCGUCUCAGUACCGCUUCCAUGUGGAGCACCGGCAAUCUGACAGCCACGGCAAAGAUACGGACUCCCCCGUGCUGAUCGGUGAGAUGGACUCCUCCGGCAGUCUGAAUGCUCAUUCGCUGCUGCAUCUUAGCGAACGAAUCAGGGCCAAGGCUGUGUUUCAGUCCCAGCAGGCUCAGUUCAUGACGUGGCAGUUUGAGACGGAGUACAGAGGAAGUGACUUCACAGCUGCUGUUACCAUGGCGAACCCUGAUGUCCUGCGGGAGUCAGUGAUCCUGGUAGCCCACUUUCUCCAGAGUGUGUGUUCAGGGCUGGUGUUGGGAGGAGAGCUGGUCUACCACAGAGGAAGACAUGAAGAGGGAGGGAUUCUCACCCUGGCAGGACAGUACUCAGGUCCUAACUGGGUGGCGACGCUGAAUGCUGGGAAAGGAGGAGCUCAUGCCAGCUACUACCAUAGAGCUAACAAACAGAUCCAGGUGGGGGUAGAGUUUGAGGCCAGUACGAGGACCCAGGAGACGACGGCCUCCUUCGGGUACCAGAUGGAACUACCAGAGGCUAACAUGGUGUUCAGAGGUAUGGUUAACAGUAGGUGUAUUAUUGGAGGGGUACUGGAGAAGAGUCUGUCUCCUCUCCCCGCUACACUACUGAUGGGAGCCUUCGUUAAUCACCGUGGUGACAAACUGCAGGUGGGGCUGGGAGUCAAUGUGGGCUAGACUACAAAACCCACAACCCUCACAUGCCCCUCCCCCAGCCCUGUGGCCUCGUGGGAAACGGCGUUCCUGUUUUUGGAGGAAGAAAAUGGUGCAGCAAAAACUUCUCCUCUAGCGACCACAUGGCAACUGUUACAUCACUUCCUGUUGAAAAACCUGAACUGGACGGACUCACGAGAUGUCAGCUCCCCCCAUAGAGAGAGAUAGAGGACUCAUCUUUGUAUCUGUGACAUUAUAUCGUCUGGCACAGCAUGGGCAUUUUGAAGUAGUACAUUCUCUUCUUAAAACGAUUGACUGAUCCCUCCUGAUGACCCGGUUAAACAUGACUCCAACAGGUUCAUCAGGAGGGAUCAGCCAAUAAAGUUGGAAGUCCCACCCAGUUGACUACAUUGAAAUGGUUGAAUCCAUCAAUGGCGCUGGCCAUGGUAAUACAGCCUUUUGGCCACUAGAGAUCUCUAUCAUUCUCUAUGACUCCCCCACACCUCACAUCCCCCAUAAUGCAGCUCAUCUUCAGUGGAGGCUGCUGAGGGGAGGACGGCUCAUAAUAAUGGCUGGAACGGAGCAAAUGGA